AUGUUUGAUGACCUGUUGGUCAGGCUUACACCCCACUUGCAGAAGAAGGACACCCACUUCAGGAAAUCCAUUCCCCCUGGUCUCAAGUUGUCCGUCUUCCUGUGCCAUCUCGCCACUGGGGCCACCUCUGCCGAGCUGUCUUACAACUUCCGAGUGGGCAAGGAAACCAUCCAGAAGUUUGUCCCUGGUGAUUUUGAAGCCAGAAGGAAUCUUCCUUACUGUCUGGGAGCCUAUGAUGGAAAGCACUUCCAUCUCCAGAAGCCCAACAAAUCAGGCAGCCUUUACUUCAACUACAAGCAGUUCUUCUCGGUUGUCCUAAUGGCUCUGGUAGAUUCAAAGUACCAGUUCAUGUGGAUCGAUGUGAGUGGAGUUGGCCAUCAGUCUGAUGCCCAGAUCUACAACAACACACCCUAUACCGUACCUCUUCGUGGGAGGACGUACAUCAUGAAGCCCUCUGGCCGUUGUAACAUGGACCAACAGCAGAAGAUCUUCAACUGGCUGUCCAGGGCAAGGCGUGUGGUUGAAAAUGCCUUUGGCAUUCUGGCUCUGUAG